ACGUGUGACCUGUGUGACGCGCUGCAGACCAGGAAGUGCUGCAGGUUCGCGCGCCGGUAAGUCCGAGGACGAGGCGGAAAAUAAACAGGGGAAAAUGGACACUUAUAUAUAGGAAUGAGUGUCGUCGUCAGUUGUGGUAAUGGUGGUGACCGGGUCGUGGACUGACAGCUUUUAGCCGGAGUUUACAAAUACAGGAACAUGCUUCACCGCCACGUUCCCAGCAAAGCGUUUGUUUACAGAUUGAUUUUGCUCCGUGUCCCGUUUAUUAAACGCCUUGUGGCCGCGUCGAUCGCGAGGCUGUGUGAAGGAAGCUCGAAGCGGCUGAGGAGCGGCAGCAUGUCACAGAUCAAUGCCGACGGCGGGGUGACGGGCGGGACGGGGGGCGAGCGCGAGCGCGACCACGCUGCGAGGAAGUUCACAGAGGAGGAGACGCUCAUCCACAGGAUCCAUAGAGAGGCGUGUGAGGCACAGAAGCAGAUGUACGUGGACCCUUCCAGCGGCUACAAGGUGUUCACGGAGCAUGCCCACCUCCAGAGAGGGAAGUGCUGCGGCAGCGCAUGCAGACAUUGCCCGUUCGGCCAAGUCAACGUGAAGGACCCGGCCAUGAAGAAGCGCUUCAAUAGCUUAUUUUACAAUUAGGCCCUCGCGGACCCGCGCCUCAGGUACAAUGCGAGGCCCUUCUUAGAAUGGAGCCCGCCAGCCGGUGCCCGUCUGCUGCCUGUCGUUAUUUGGACUGCUUGAGAGUCAUUUUUAGCAGUGUACCAUAUGAUGAAAUAUGGCGAGUGUCUGUGCAACGCGUACCUCCUGUGAAUCACAACUCUUCUUAGGAUUAUUUUCAUUCUCACACGACAAGGAAGGAGGUUAGCUCACCAGAACCCUAUGUAAAAUAGUCUUUUAUCACGUUUAUGUUUUGUUAUAUUUUCCAGGCCUUAUUUUUUCUCCCUCUCUCGCUCUCUCUCUCUCUCUCUCUCUCUCUCUCUCUCUCUCGAAUGUCCAAUGAAACGCCUUGAGCUUCGUUUUUCGUUUCUCUUCAAGAGUAUUUAAUAUUUUGUGGUACUCGGCUCCUCUGAUGCACUUACAAGGGUUGUGGGAGUAUGGAGAUGAAAACUGAAAGAGCAUUUUAGAUCUUCGCCCUCAAGAUAAAGGGCAUAUAAGGGAAAGUAACUGUAGAUAGUCAGAUGGAAUCUUGUGCUCUUUUGCUUUGCAUCUCUCGUUAUUUUCUCUCCCAAACGUACGGCUGCAUGAAUAUUAGCAUCAUUUACACCCCACAAGUGUUCGACUGAACUGUCUACCUUUGACUGAAACGCUGUGCUGUUAAAAAUAGUCUGGGGCCAGGGGUCAGCCCUCACACUUGGCUGCGCUGCUUCUGCACCACUUGAUGGAAUCAGGCUGUUAACAAACAUGCCGCGGACAUCAACAGCGGCGCUCCCCACCAGACCCACAGCUGCAGCCUCCUGGCAGCGCUUGGCUCCGGCGCAGCUCCCCGCGGCUGCUCUCCCGAGCCGCAGCCUAAUGAACUCCUGGGCCGCGCCGGCCCAUCCCGGCUCGCGUUCUCCAGCGAGCUCCGACGCGCGCAUGCGCAGGCGGCCGAGGCUCCAAAUGGGCCAAUGUAGAAGGAUGGCGCAAAACGCCGCGCCCGGUGGUGGCGCGGGUGAGGUCACGCGCUCGCGCAGCUCCACCUGUGCGUGCGGGGGACGUUUUGGGGGGGAGGAGCGCAUGUGCGUAAAGGCGGCGCGGUGCCUUCAGGCGCUCGCUCGCUCGCUCGCUCUGAACCUGCCACACACGCUCGGCUGUCUCCGCCUGAUUGGGCGAGCGGCGUCGGGAUGAGAGGAUGUGUCUGCCGCGGAAUCCUGUCGCAGCCGCCUACCGGCGCGGCCACAAUUUCUCUCGGCAGGUGGGUCCCAAAGGCAAGUGCUUAGUGAUCGGAGCAAAGCCCUGUGAGCGGCUACAAGGAGAUUCAUGAUCUCUACAGUGCUGGGGAGGACAGGUUCUCCGGGACGCGUCGUCAGGCGGGAUGAGAGGCGAAUUUAUUUGGUGUUAUUCUAAACCGAGGCAGCGGAGCGUGCGGCAGCAACAUUUCUGCAGCGGGACGGUGAAGGUGUCACACUCAUCAAGUACCUGGGCCCGCUUGCCUGCCGCGGCUCCGCGAGUUUUGCCUAGGGACUUGUCUGUCACAUUAAAGUAGAUGCAUUGCCAUUCAGGGCCUCGGCGGUCCCGCAGCCUGACCAUGAAAUAGGCCAACUUUCAUGUCUGCCUCAUCCCUCCACGUCUUCCCGAUCCGGUGAUGGCACAGUUUGAUAUAUAUAUAUAUAUAUAUAUAUAUAUAUAUAUAUAUAUAUAUAUAUAUAUAUUUUGCGUUCACUCGUUCUAGCCUAGCAGUUGGCGACUUAGACACAAACAGCACAGCGAUUCCUCCGACAGAUUUGUGGAGAGAUUUAGUCCUGCCUGUCCAUGUACAGCCGGACAGGCCGCUCAGGUCCUGACUUAGCAUUAAGUCUGCAUCAGUCAUUUUAAUUAGCAGCCUAAUUGACUUUUUAAAUUAAUUAUAAUUAAGGCUUUUACAUUUAUUAUAAGGAAAUAUAAUGAUAUAGUAAUCAAUUCAUUGCAGCUGUAGAACGAUGGCAAUGUCUGAUCUCGCCUACGCCGGCCGUCCGGCCGCUGUGCUCCCCCAGCG